CUGCCAGUUAGCCCUUCCCCAGCCUCAGGCAGCCGCCCCAGACGGAGGAAGAGUAACUCUGGAAACGGUGUUAUCAGCAUCGUCCAUGGACUUCCUCACCUCCUCCCCAGCCCCGUUAGCCCCAGGAUCCUCAGCAUCUUCCAACAGAAAUUGGGGAAGCUGGCAUGGGGUCCGCGCCCUGAAGCCAGCCCCCUUCUCUUUUGCCAAGACCUACCUCUGCGCAGCCCUGAGUGGGCCUCUGAAGGCUGCAGCGGGAAUCCCGAGCGGGAGAUGGAGCCCUGGCUGGGGCCUAAAGCUGCCAGGCUUUCCCCAGGCCGGCCGGUCCUGCUGCUGUGGGUCUCCGCCCUGAGCACUUCUGUUACCUCGCUGGCUUCUCCCUCUCCUUCUCCGGGGCCCCGAAUCAGAACCAGCUACAAUCUGGGAAGGACUUUCCUCGGUCUUGAUAAAUGCAAUGCCUGCAUCGGGACAUCAAUUUGCAAGAAGUUCUUUAAAGAAGAAAUAAGGUUUGACCGCUGGCUGGCCUCCCCCCUCGGACUGCCUCCCGACUACUUGCCUUCUUACCCUGCAAAUUACUCAGAUGAUUCCAAAACCUGGCGCCCCGUGGAGGUCUCCAGACUGAUCAGCAAACAGCAAAGUGACAUCUCGGACAGGAGAAUCUGUGCCUCAGCAGCAGCCCCGAGGACCUGCAGCAUCGAGCGCGUCCUGCGGAAAACCGGGAGGUUCCAGAAAUGGCUGCAGGCCAAGCGCCUCACACCGGACCUGGUGCGGGGCCUGCCCAGCCCCUUCCUGCGCUGCCCGUCGCAGCGACUCCUGGACCGUGUGGUCCGGCGCUACGCUGAGGUGGCCGACGCUGGCAGCAUCUUCAUGGGCCACUUCACUGACCGCGACAAGCUGCGUCUGCUCUACACCCUGGCUGUCAGUGCUCAUCCCAUCCUUCUGCAGAUCUUCCCGGGCGCCGAGGGCUGGCCGCUGCCCAAGUACCUGGGCUCCUGCGGCCGCUUCGCCGUCAGCACCAGCACCAGCCCGCUGCGGGACUUCUACGGCGCCGGCCCGGACCAGGCGGCCGACCUGGCCUACCAGCUGCUCGGGGUCCUGGAGUCCCUGAGGACCAACGACCUCAACUACUUCUUCUACUUCACCCACGUGGACGCGGACACGUUUGGCAUCUUGAACAACGGGCAGCUGUUCAUCCGCGACGCCAGCGCGUUGGGCGUCAUCGACAGGCAGGAAGGCAGCCCAGCAGCCGCCGGGGCGGGAGACAGUAAAGACGUCUUUAGCUGCCUGCUUUCGGGCUGCCAGGCCGAGCUGCCCUCCUGCUACACCAUCCCGGAGAAGCAGAGCCUGGUGCUCGUCUGUCGGCAGCUGCUGCCCCGACUCCUCCAGGGGAAGUUCCCCUCCCCCGUGCAAGAGGAGAUAGACAAUGCACUUGCUCAGUGCGGGGAGGAUGCCCGCCCCGACCCCGAAGUCCUCGGGGCCGCCAGCCGGCUGAAGGACAUCUUGAGGCCCCUGAGAACCUGUGACCCCAGAUUCGCCUACCGCUACCCAGACUGCAAGUAUAAUGAUAAGUUCUGAGGGGCUGGAGCCUUGCCGGCCCCCGGGGACAAGGUCCCUGGCCCUCCCUUGCCCAGGCGGGUCAGACAUUCAGAGAGAUGCACCUUCAUUUCCUGGGAAUGAAGGAACACGCUGACAACCGGAGGGGAGUUGUGCCGCACAGUGCGGUUGCCCCUGCUGGCUACAGCGUCACGGAGAAGCCAGGGGCCGGGCGGCAGAAGACCGAACCGUGGACACUCACUGGACCUCGCUGAGCCUCAUUGUCCUCUGUUCUUCAGCAGACUCAAGUCAGUGAAAGAAGACAGGGAUGUGAAGGGCCAAGGACACGUGCAGGAGGUUACAGAGGGUGUUCCCGAAGUGUGCGCAGGCAGGACCCAUGGGACAGAGCCAUGGAGGUGGAGGCUGACCCAGAGGGAAGGCAGGGGGAAGGCGAGGACCCUGGCCAGGAUCAUGUCAGACUCAAACAAGAGGGGCCCCCUUCCUGCUCCCUGUGCCCUUGCACCAGCCCUCCUGCCGUGCUCCCCACACUGCCACGGGGUGAGGAAACGCGUGGACAGGUCCACACUCUGGGUGCUUGGGGUCCCAUGCGCUCCUGUGAGGCACCUCGUGGUGUGGGAACGAGCCCCGGGUGAGAAGAGAUGAACGGUGGGCUGGGGGUCAGUGUGUUCAUCCGAGACCUCUGAGAAGCCAGUGUCUUGACAGGGUGAGACAGGCAACGAUGGUAUUAAAGAAGAUUCCUGCGUAGAAGGGAAGAAGGAGGUAUGGCCAGUCUGAGCCCAAGUGAGGGAGAGAAGGUCAGUGGGGGUAUUCUAAGACUGGCAUCUGUGCUAUCUAAAGGAAGGUUCCACAAGGCCCUGCUGCACUCAGUCGUUGGCAGGGAACAGCCCGUGGGAAGCGUGGCCUUGGCCUCACCGCAAAGACAGAUCUCAGAAGGCAGCGCAAGGCCGGCAGCCAGCUCUGCUCCCCCGAGCGGGAGGCCUGUGAGCGGCACCCGGCAGCCACAGACGGGGGCCCAGGCCAGCUCUGGCCUCACCGCGGCCUCCACUGUAGCAAUCGAAGGAGUCUGAGAAUUUUCAUUUGAACUUGGCCUUACAGGUCGUUGUAACAGUAUUUUUUUCAAGGUCAGCCAACAGAACAUAUUUUAUUCCACAGUUUGUUAGUUUGCUUUAUACCUUUGAAAUAUUUAGUCACAUGGUAUGUGGGCUUCCAUGUGGAUUCUUGCCCCGGCCUCUCAAGCCUUAGUGGGGGGCUCUUCGGACCUUUGUCCAGCCUCCCUGUCAGCCCCCUCCCCUUAGGGACCUCCCAGUCGGCCUCCUCUCUUCUCCCUCUGAAUCACCACCUUUAGGUCAGAAUGCCUGACUUAGUAAGUCUCACUACAGAUGGGGAAACUGAGGCCCAGGAAGAGGAGCAACUUGCUGAGACAGUCCAUGCUCCUCUUGCCUUCCCCUUCGGCUGCUGAUUCGCACCCUGUCCUACCCAGUUUGGGCCCCUUCACUCACAUUUAAAGACGGGCCAAGAAAAGUCCUAUCUCGUUGUCCACUAGGUUGCUUGUCUUGGGGGUUUGCCUUUUGACCGCUCCAGGCACUAACCUCCGGGGCAACCGUGACAGCGAGGAUGGCAGGCCAGGCUUCUGGAAGAGCAGGCCUGGCCUGCCUGAGAGUCUUUGAGACGGUUGCCUUCUGGCUCGGUCUGGAGGGGCGAGGAUUGACCACCUUUUCCAACACCUUGCUCUCAGCCCCGUGAAACUGACUUUUGACUUCCGGCCUUCAGAACCAUGGAAGGAAACAUUUCUGUUGGUGUACACGGCCCAUUUUGUAGCCAUUUGUUAGGGCAGCUACAGGAAACUGAGACGCACCCCAAACCCCAUCUUAGCGUCCGCUUCGAGAGAGCCCAACCUGCAAUAUUGCCCAAGUCCGGUGUAUAGUGAUGAGUUCAAAGGCCAGACCGGACCAGGAGGGAGUGUGUUAUGUACUUCUCCUCGGGGCUGAGGCUCAGACGGCUCCAUUUCUCCACUGACUAAGUCUCAUGCAUCAUCUAAGAUCCUGUCUGAGUCCCACCUUGACCCAGAGCUUUUCCCGACAGCCCGGCCCCCAGGGAGCCCUUUCUGAAUCCCCUCUCUAUACCCCUGAACCAUCGGUCUGUGCCCAUCUGAAGCUGACCCUCGGGUAUUCCAGAAAGUUCUGUGUCCUACCCUCCCAUCCAGCUGAGAGCAGCCUCCGGAUGGCGGGGGUGAGGGCCCUUUGCGUUCUCCACAGCAGCGUGGUGGGCACCGAGCAGGUGCUCGAAGAAUGUUCUUGCUGAGGCCGAGGAGUGCGCUCCUUAGGCCGUUUUGCUUGGCGUUUGUCCCAUACUGUGUGCUCUAGACUCAAUGUUUGUGUCUCCCCGGAAUUCCUCUGUAGAAAUCCUCACCCCCGGUGUGAUGGUAUUAGGUGCUGGGGCCUUUGGGAGGUGACUGGCUCGUGAGGGUGGAGCCCUCGUGGAUGGGAUUCAUGCCCUUCUCAAAGAGACCCCAGAGAGCCCCCUCGCCCCUCCUGCCACAUGAGGACGCAGAGAGGAGAUGGCCAUCUACGAGCCAGCGAGAGGGCUCUCUCCAGACACUGAACCUGCCGGCGCCUUGAUCUCCGACGUCGCAGCCCCCUAGAACUGUGAGAAAUAAAUGUCUGUUGCUUAGAAGCCCCCCCCCCCACUCAGUCUAUGCUAUUUUGUUACACUGGCCCAAACACACUGACACAUGUCGCUGGCCAGAUGCAGGACAGAGAUGCUUCCUUGAGGGUUUUGCUAGCUACUGUCUUUUUUACCUGCUGGACCAGCUACCUAAUUUGUGGGGGCCUUGUGCAAAAUGAAAAAGUGGGGCCCCCUGUUUUUAAGAUUGGCCAGACAACAGAGCAUGAAACUAAGUGCAGGCCCCGUGACACUGCGUAGGGCUUGCUUGCCCGUGAAGCUGGCCCUGGGAGCUUGAGACACUAACUCCUCACCUGAGCGGUGUUCCUGGGGUUCGCUGGCGCCUCCUUUGACCUCCACCACCAAGGGGACUAGGUGCAGGAACAGAGGCCGCAUCCAAAAUACCGAACCACUGUGGCAAAGGAACUAACCUACGAGAACACCCUCCCCCCGCUGCAGCCAUGACGUCAUGGGUCUAACCACAGCCUGGCCGGCAAGUCCAACUCUUCGAAGGAGGAAACUGGUUCAAACGAUUCACUCAAAGUGCCCAUUUUCCGGUCUCCUGCUUCCCACUCCUCCGCUGUAGCAUCUGACUUCAGCCCAUCGGUGAUUCCGUGAGCCUGACCUGAACGUUUCCUCUAGGGUUAAAAAAUAAAUGGCUAAAUCAAUCAA